ACUUCUAUCAAUCUAGUUUAAAGCGCUAUUAACCGGACAUUUAUUACUCGGUUGAAGAAUAUUCAGUGGUCUCCACAGAUGAGCGUCGUACCCAAUCAGACUUCAGCUCACCGGAGCGAAAGGCUUCUCACCCUGGGAAGUGCAUUCCCGAAAUUGAAACCUUGGUUACUUGGAGACGAUGAGCAAGAGGGAAAAUGAUCAGUGUAACUUAAUACGAUACGGCAUGUAGAACAGCAACGGUAUAAACAUUUAACCGUUUUAUUGAGAUAUGUUAUAUAGACUACCCUUACACCUAUUUUUUUGUUUUGAAAUACUUGCCUCAGUAAGAGUUCGUUGGCGACCAACUGGAAAUGUAUUGAACAUCAUGGAAUAGGCUGGUUGGACUAAUUUCCCAACACUCACCAUGCCGAAUCGUCAAAAGAAAAUUAUAUUCUCUGUGGCGGGCGUUUUGAGUUUCGCCUGUGUCCUCGUUGUUGCGGCGGCGAUGGGGACGCAAUUUUGGGUACAGGGAAAUGUCCUGUGUACAACCGGAGCGCAGCUUGUUAAUGCUACUGGGCAAGAGCUGGAUAAAUUUGUCGGAAGGUUUAACUAUGGUCUAUUUCAAGGACAGACAGUGAAACAAUGUGGGCUUGGAGGAAGACCAUUUAGAUUUUCAUUUUUUCCCAAUUUGGUGGAAGUCAUCCCAGCAAGCCUUCAUGUCACUGUACUCUUCUUCUGCGGAGUGCUCAUCCUCUUCUCCUCUGUGGCCACAGGCUUCUUUAUGUACAAUGCCUUUGGCAGUCCCUACGAAACUCUCCAUGGACCCCUGGGACUCUACUUCUGGAACUUCAUCUGCUGUUUCUGCAGCUGCCUGGUGAUGAUCUUGUUUGCCUCCGAGGUGAAGCUCCACCGGCUGUCCGAUUCCAUCGCCAACUUCAAAGAGGGCACAUUUGUCUACAAGACAUACACGGAGCACUUCGACCACUCCUUCUGGCUCAUCUUCCUCACCUUCCUAGUUCACGGCCUCAACAUCCUUCUAAUCCGCGUGGCCGGCAUCCAAUUUCCCUUCCAGAAGGCCAAAGAGUUGGACGUGAACACUGGGGCUGCAGAUCUCAUGUACUGACCAGAGCUUUUGUUUGGCCGAUGGUCUGGCCCCCUGCUGUAGUGACACUGAGCCUCUGUUAUUAGUGUAUCUCAAUGGGAGUCUUGAUGCCAUAGCUCUUUCGUGUCCAUGCGCUGUUGAAAGGCCCAAGCAAAUGUGAACCCUUCUAAGAUCUCAUUUUCCUCUUUCAGUGACAAGUUGUCAGUCCUUUGGACGACAACCGGAGACGUCUCACUGGCCCCCUGUCUUAGAAAAGCUGUCUUGAGCCUUCGGGGUGGUGUGGUCUUGUUUUACAUUCCCUUGUUAAUUGGUGAUAUCUCAUUAGGAUGGUGAGGAUUUCACUCUGCUGUUGAAAAGCAGACUUGGUUGGUUUUACUUUUUUCAUCAUGGAUGUCCAUACAUUAAGGACCCCCCGCCUAACAGUCCCAAAGCGCUCUCAAUGGGGGUGAAAAGGUUUGUGACGACUGAUUGAUCAGAGUAGGUGCAGAUGUUGAUUGACAAUUAUAGCUCCUGGUCAAAAGUACUACACAAUCUACAUUGUAGUCACUUAGCAAACCCUCUAACAGAGUAACUUCCUGGAGCAACUAAGUUGCCAGAGCACAAAGACAGAAUAACAGAUUUUUCACCUUGCCCCAUAUGGAAUCCUGUCUCACAACCUUUUGGUUACUGUUAAGAUGGUCAAGCCAAUAAGCUACCUGAUACCUCUUUUGACAGACCACAACCUAUUGUGCUUUAUACUGUUUUUCCCCUGCAUACAGAAAUUGUAGUAGUCAAAUUGCCUCAUUGUUUGAUUGAAUUGUGUAUUCACAAUUGUGUGAUGUGCCAAUUUGAAUGAUUUAAUUUUUUUUUGUAAAAUGUUUAGAGCUAUUUACGAUUUGUUGUAGAUUUUAUAUUCUGUUCAAGUGCAUGGUAGAGGUGUGUAUUGUAUGUCUUUUAGGAAGAACAAAUGCAUAAAUGUUGUAAUAUCUGUUAUUUUACCAGUUAGAAUAAAAUGUUAUAUGCAUGCUU